UUUCUUUUCAGUGCUCAAUUGGGAAUAUUAUAGUGAAGUGAACAAUAUAUGUGUCACCUUAAUAUGUGUUUGGGGUCCCUUGAUAUCUGAUUAUAAUGUUCUAUAUUAGUUUAUGGGAGGAAUUAUUGAAGACACCUUUAAGCUUUUGCGGGGACUUGGCCAUAUAAAUCUAUGGAAUAAUGGAGAUCGAAGUUGGACAGAGAUAGGAAUAACUAAUCUUUAAAGGGAACAUGAAACUAUUCUGUGUCAAUAGGUAUAUAGAUAAAGAUUUUAGUUAUAAAUGAGUGAGUUUUUUUGGCAUGUCACUAAGUUUUGAUGUUUUCUCUUUGCAAAAUGAGCUGUUCUUCACUUCUUGGCAGUUGGGAUUUUCCACUUGUUCCAGUUGAUCGAUGUGUUCUAAUCAUUCAGUGUCUUUAUUGAAGCAUCAUAUGAAUCUAUGCCCUUUUGAUUGUCAGAAUCACAUUUGGCAUUUAUCUGUUAUGUUUCAUUGCUUUGAAUUGCGUUUAAAUUUUUACUACUGUUGAGCUUUGGUAACAGAUGAACUUUGUAUUCUCUGAAUCAAAGGACAAAGAUGGCAGAGCCAUCCCCAACCACUGGUUCCUUUUUCAAGCUGCAGUUGAUGCAAGGCACGGGUCAAAAUACAACACUCUCUGCAGAGAAAAUAACCACCCGCAGAAACAAUACUGAUGAAAAAAUGUCCAGCAGUUUCGAGUUUAGCUUUCAUACUGGUGCUAGUUCUACAACUGGAUUAUCAUCUGCAGGGCUGUCGUAUCUUGGGGGAAUGAAUCCGAAUGGACCUGUAAUCCUUCAGGAUCAACGCUUCACUCAAUCUCCUGCACCUUCAUCUCUGCCAUCACAGUCAAUGCCUGUGAAUAUAGCCGAUUCAUCUAUAUGCAGCACUCCCGAUGAUUCAAAUCCAGGAGGACAUUCCAAUACAGGCAUCCCGGCAUCUUCUUCUGAUCAUAAAGAUAGCAUAUCUUCAGUCUCGGCAGAGAGAACAUCAGAUGAUGGGUAUAACUGGAGGAAAUAUGGGCAGAAACUUGUUAAAGGAAGUGAAUUUCCCAGAAGUUACUACAAAUGUACAUAUCCCAACUGUGAGGUGAAAAAGAUAUUUGAGCGUUCUCCAAGUGGACAGAUUACAGAGAUUUUCUACAAGGGCUCACAUGAUCAUCCAAAACCUCAAGCUCCGCGCCGGCAGAAUCCUGGGGCUCUUAUGGCCAUUCAAGAGGAUAAAUCUGAUAAGGAUUUGUCAUUCACCGGUCAAGAGGACAAGUUGAACGCAAGUCAUAUGGUAGAUCAAAACGGCUCCCCGGUGUUGUCACCCUUGCAAGCAAAUGAAGAUGGCGCGGAUGGCUCGGGGUCACAAAUUUUGGGAGUAAAUGAUGAUAAUGAAGAAGAAGAUCCUUUUAUGAAGCGGCGCAGGAAAAUGGAGGAUGGUAUUGACAUUACACCCGUGGUCAAGCCCAUACGUGAACCUCGUGUUGUUGUUCAGACAGUGAGCGAGGUUGAUAUACUGGACGACGGAUACAGAUGGCGCAAGUAUGGUCAGAAAGUGGUGCGCGGCAAUCCAAAUCCCAGGAGUUAUUACAAAUGCACGAGCGUGGGAUGCCCGGUGAGGAAGCACGUGGAGAGGGCAUCCCAUGAUCCGAAAGCUGUCAUAACCACAUACGAAGGCAAGCACAACCAUGAUGUCCCGACUGCCCGGAACAGCAGCCACGAAUUUGCCCUUGCUGCUGCCGCAUACACCGGAGCUUCAAAGUCGAGGCCGCAGGAAAGCGGUUCAGUAAGUCUUGACCUCGGCGUUGGAAUUGGUCGCCAUUCUAAUAACAGAGCCACCGAACCGGUGCAGCCCUUCGAUUCUGCAGGCCAAGUUUCUCAAAACCAUUCGACAACGAGCAUGAUGGGGAUUCAAGCGGCCCAACAACCACCUUGCUACGGCAUCGUCAACGGCGGCCUGAAUCUGUACGGAGGUGGUCGGAGCAAUCACGGUGAAGGUAGCCAUAAUAGCUUUCAGGCACAGCAGCUACAUCCUUCUAACCAAUGCCCCCCGAACAUUGGAAGAGUACAAACUGGACUUUGAAAUUGUAUCUGAAUUGUGAUAUAUUAAUUAUGGAAAAAUAUGAGAAAUAAAUUUUGCAAUUUCCUUUC